AAAAAAAAAAAAAAAAAAAAAAAAAAAAAAAAAAAAAAGAAAAAAAGAGAAAAAAAAAGAAAAAGACAUACGACACUUUUGCAAAGAUCCAAAGGAUCCAACGGAUCAUCGAUCGACGUUUACAUUGAACCAGGCGUGUAAAUACAAUCAAAAACUGUUAUUUUCAUUUGGAAUAAGACGUUCCUAGAAAUGAAGUAAAAUAAUGUACAACAAUAUCAAUUGUUUGCGCACCGAGUAUAGGAUAGUUAUACUUUAUAACGAAUCGUCAAUAUAAACGCGAUACCAAUUGAAUCAAAUAAACGGUUCAACAAUUGCAUAACCGUUCUCUCAUCUAUCGAUCUUAAUACCAUUGCUUACUUCAUCGCAUUGAAUGCAAAAUAGGGGUCACUUAAUUAACGUUUGACCAUACUACUUAAAUCGUUGCUUUCGCGAGAAAUCAUGAAGCAAAACGAAAGAGUCAACCAGAUAUUACGUUAAUUAGAAUAAAUUCUUAUUUGAGAGAGAGUGAGAGAGAGAGAGUGAGAGUUUAGAUAUCACGAUCGAGUUUAAUUAAGAUCUAUUUUUUAUCGAUCCUAUCUGCACUGUGAAUCGUCGUUGUUCUUUUUUUUUUUUUUUUUUUUUAUCGUACCAAUUUAUAAAACACGAAGAUUGUACGAAGAUUCUCUCUCUUUCUCUCUCUCUCUCUCUCUCUCUCUCUUGCGCGCGAUUUUAAUUAAAAAGAUCAAUUUGAUCUUUCCUCUUGAUAAACUUUUUCAUUAUUGAAAGACGUACUGAUUUUUUUCUUUUUUCUUUUUUUUUUUUUUCUUCUUUCUCCUCCUCCUCCUCCUCCUCCUCCUUCUCCUUCUCGUAUUAUUAAUAAAAUAUUGUGUUCAAGCGCGUAAGUUUACACGAAGGAUGACGUUGGUUUUUGAAAAGAAAAGAAAAGUGAAGAUAAGAAAAAUAAAAGAAGGAAAGGAGAGAGAGAGAGAGAGAGAGAAGCGACGAUGUCACGAACAUUGGAUGUAGAUAUGAAGAAUUUUUUCUUUUAAUAGUCAUAUAAAUACAUACAUAUAUCGUCUCUUAGAUUUAUCAGACUAAUCGUCUAAUAAUCCAUUUUCAUAUUUCCUUAAUAUUGAUUAUUCAGAGCGUAAAUAUCUACGUUCAUGCAUAAUAAAUUGACGAACGGACGAUGUGUCAUUUCGAUAAGUUAAGAAAAGAGUUUAUGCAAGAGAGAUUGCCAAGUGUUACGCGACUUCAAGAGGUAAGAUAGACAGAAACAGAAACAGAAACAGAGAGGUAUACACACACACAGAGAGAGAGAGAGAGAGAGAGAGAGAGAGAGAGAGAUGACGAUGACGAUGACGAUGAUGAUGAUGAUGAUGAUGAUGAUGAUGAGGAAAAAUUAAUUAGAAAAAAAAAAUGGAAGGGAAAAAGGCAAAGAGAAAGAAAAACGAUCGAAGAAAAAGAGAAAGAAGAUUAUUUUGGUUUGGCCAGCACAAAAGUGUUGAUGUGAAGGAGUGGGAUGGAGAAAGAAGAAGAAGAGGUGAACGAGGAGGCAAUAGCCUAAAUCUCAUGCGUUCGGAAAUAACAUAUGCAUCAGGUUAAAAUAGUUCAUGUCAGCAGUAUUCAUAUCAUAAGCCUUGAACCGCCUAAAAUUAGUGGAGAUGUAUAUAUAUUCCAGUGACAUUGUUCCUACACAUUGUGGGGACAACAACUUGAUAGGUUUCCCUAAUAGUCUUUCUCUCUCUCUCUCUCUCUCUCUCUCUCUCUCUCUAUCUCUCUCUCAGGAAGUAAGAAUUAGGAGAUCGAUUACAAUAAAGCUGCCUGUCGUAUCUCGUCCACGAUAGAGAGAGAGAGAGAGAGAGAGAGAGAGUAAAUAGAGAUUACAGCAUAUCUUCUUGUACCACAAUAUAAAUCACUAAAAAUUGAUCAUAAAAUUAAUUAUAAAUUGAUCGUAAAACGGGGUAAAUGUAAAAUUUUUAAUCUACGAAUAAAAACGAUAAACUUUCGUAUUCGAUAUUUAGGAGGCAUUAUCGACAGCAACCGAAGAUAACCAGUACGUUUAUGCGUCAACGGUUGCUGAAGAGAACUUUAUUUCCAAUUUAACAGUGACGCAAAGACUCGAACAAUAAAUUUCUACUGCCAUGGAGAAAGCAAAAGGGGAGACAAUAAACAUGCAGCUCAUCGAUUCUCAAAGUCCAUACAAAGUUAACAACGAGAUAACAAGUAGUGGUGUAAAUACACCGGAUGCUCCUACGUCACCGACAGUGUCCGAGGAAUCCUAUGACCCUCAUAAACAUCGCAAUGUACCGAAUCCAACCUCAAAUGCCGAAACGUUGAUACACUUGUUAAAAGGCAGCUUGGGUACUGGUAUAUUAGCGAUGCCAAAUGCAUUUUGUAAUAGUGGCCUUGCGACUGGUGCAGUAGCGACCGUCAUUAUCGGAACUUUAUGUACAUACUGCUUACACGUACUUGUCAGGGCGCAAUACAAACUAUGUAAACGGUUAAGAGUUCCUAUACUCAGUUAUCCAAUGAGUAUGAAGUACGCUCUCGAACAAGGUCCUCAAUGUAUAAAAUGGUUUUCACCGUAUGCACCAGGACUAGUAGAUGGAUUUAUGAUAACAUAUCAAUUGGGAAUUUGCUGUGUUUACAUAUUAUUUGUAGCCAGAAAUAUAAAGCAGGUGGCAGAUCAGUAUUGGGAACCAUUGGAUAUAGAAAUCCAUACGUCCAUUUUGUUGCUUCCGCUGAUAUUAAUGAACUACAUUAGAAAUCUUAAACUAUUGGCGCCAUUUUCUACGUUAGCCAAUAUAAUAACCUUCAUUGGAUUGGGAAUGAUAAUAGCUUAUAUGUUCGAGGAUUUACCGAGUAUGAGCGAUAGACAAAUGUUUGGUAGUGUUAGAAGUUUUGCUCUUUACUUUGGUACGACUUUGUUCGCAUUGGAAGCCGUCGGUGUGAUAAUAGCUUUGGAAAAUAAUAUGAAGACCCCGCAAUAUUUUGGAGGAUAUUGUGGUGUUCUCAACAUUGGUAUGACGGUUAUCGUUACUCUCUACAUUCUUAUGGGUUUCUUUGGUUAUUUGAAAUAUGGAACGGCAGCUAAAGGAAGCGUUACAUUUAAUUUACCGAAAGAUCAAGUGAUGGCUCAAUCUAUUAACAUAAUGUUUGCGAUAGCAAUUUUUAUAACUUACGCGUUACAAGGAUACGUACCUGUUGAAAUAAUCUGGAAGACUUAUCUUGAUCAACGUAUACAAAAUCAUAAAAUCUUUUGGGAAUACGUUUGCAGAACUCUCGUUACAUUGGUAACGUUUACGUUGGCGAUCACUAUACCAAGAUUGGGCCUGUUCAUAUCUCUUUUUGGAGCCUUAUGUCUAUCUGUCCUUGGUAUAGCCUUUCCAGCCAUAAUCGAGAUAUGCGUAUUCUGGCCAGACGAUUUGGGCCCAUUCAAGUUACUCCUAGUUAAGGAUCUCUGUUUGAUACUAUUUGGUUUGAUAGGUCUCGUUGCUGGAACUUAUGUCAGUGUAGUCGAAAUUAUAAAAUCAUUUAAUCCUGAUGCCAUAGAUCAGAGCGAUUAAAAUUUGAUCGAUUGAAAUUUCUUCUAGAGAAGAAAUAAGAACAAAAAGAUGAAAAUGAAAAUGAAAGAGAGAAAGAGAGAGAGAGAGAGAUAGAGAGAGAGAUAGAGAUAGUGAGAGAGAGAGAGAGAAAGAGAGAAAGA